UGCCGGCGGAACACGAGCUCAGUGCUCGUGUGUUUUGUUUUUAGUUGGUGUGCUGCUCUCUGCUCUUCAUCAUGGCCGCGCACAGUAACACCUUUAUCCGCGUGCGGCUCCACUUUGAUUACCCGCCGCCCUCCGUCGUGGACUGCCGGAUGUGCUGGCUGCUCGUGGACCUGAACAGGUGUCGCGUGGUGGCCGACCUGGAGAGCUUGAUCAGGGAGAAGUUUGAGUUCGGCCGCAGGAGCAUCCUCAGCCUGUUCAUAGAGGACUGCUACCUGCCACACACCGAGAGCGUGUACGUGGUGCGGGACAACGACAGCGUCAGGGUGAAGGUGGACCGUCUGGCUCAGGUGAACGGGCACAUUGACUCUACAGUUAAAGAAAAGGAAACCUGCAAUAAGAGACAGAGACCCACAGAGGAGGACGAACCGCUGGGAGAUAAACAAAAGAAGAAGAAGAGAAAAAAACAGAGGGGGGAAAGCCAGGAGAGGGAUGCCAAGCAAGCUGAUGGGGAUGAGAAGGAUAAAAAGUCACACGAAAAGCCCAAAGAGAAGAAGAAAAGAAAGGAGGCAGAGGGAAAUGGACCGACUGUAACACCCAAACAAGUUACUACCAAAAAGACCCCCGCUAGUGUCGAGCAGCCAGUUAAAAGCACCAAGAAACUCCCACCUGCAAAACCACAAAAGGUCUCCUCUUCAGAGUCCAGCAGCAGCAGCAGUGAAGAGGAGGCUCCCAAAAAAAAAGCGCCCCAAAAACCAGCACCCAAAACCCCCUCCUCCACCUCUGCUGCCCCCAAGGUGCCUCCAACCUCCAAACCCACCUUGAAAAAGUUAAACCCCCCCUCAUCUUCAUCAUCAGACUCCUCCUCUGAUGAAGAAGAAAGUGUGCCUAAAAAGAAACUUUUACCAUUAACGACCCCUACAAGUAGUAAAAAUGUUAAACCUCAGUACCCUCCGUCUUCUCUGCUGUCGACAAACUGUGCCCAGAAACCGUCUGCCAGUGCUGGGCCGCCCCCCAGGGACAAAACGGUGCAGCCUUCUAGCUCUGACAGCGAAGACGAGAUCCAGCUGGUUAUCCGACGUCCUCUUCCGCCCGCUCAGCAGCUGGGUCGGGGUGCGGGGGUUCAGUUCCCCUGGAGAGGCCGGGGCCGGGGUAACCCCAGUCGUGGUGGUUCUGCAGAGAGGGGGGUUGGGAGGGGGAGGGGGGUAGGAAGAGGGCAAAGCAACAACUUUGAGUAUAACUAUAAUGGAUUCAAGGAGCCGUCCAAGGAAACUGACACACUCACAAACAUCUCAGUCGUGCUGCAGAAUGGUGCAGAAAGUGUUCCCAAAAAGGACUACAGCUCCAUGCCCCUGUUGGCCGCCCCUCCACAGGUGGGGCAGAAGAUCGCCUUCAAGCUGCUGGAGCUAACCGAGAACUACACACCAGAGGUUUCAGAGUAUAAGGAGGGAACGAUCCUGAGCUUUGAUUUGACAACCAAACAGAUGGAGCUACAACUGCUUCAUGGUUCUCAAGCUCCUGUAGAGCCAGGGAAGUUUGACCUGGUUUAUCAGAAUGCGGAUGGCUCAGAGAUAGUGGAGUACGCCGUGUCCAGAGGCUCCAGAGUGACAGAGCGAUGGGAAUCUCUGCUGGAGCCACGACUGAUCAUUUAAAUCUCACAAGCUGACUCUGAUCGGGGAUCUGGACCGGGCAUUUUUAAUCAUUAGUUGGAAUAAGUGGCUGUUUCCACUGAAACCUAUGUUUUUAUGUUUUGGACUGUGAAUAUGUUUCUUAUGUGAAUUUGUUUUUCUAAUAAAAUCCUGCACAGAA